AUAAAACAAAAGGAAAGCAUCAAAGAUUAAGAAGGAGGAGAUUUCUGAGACUCGUUGCUCAUCUGGAACCAACCUCUUUUUUUUCUCUCUGACUUGAACGGGUGGGCGUUGAGCCGUUGAGCGCCUUGAAUUCUUUGACACGGCGUCGCUUUCCGUGUUAUGAUGGGCGACGAAAAAUCGGCGAUCGUGAUGGCCAGCAGAGAUAGAGAUCGCGAGCUUCUUAUCCCGGUGGCCGACUCGGGGGGCGACGACGCGUCCUCCAAGCCCUCCUCGUCUUCCUCGUCCUCGCACCACGCCGGCCGAGAGACCUUUUACAAAGUUGUUAGGAGCUGGGCUUCAAAAAAGUUCAUGACUGGAUGUGUCAUCCUAUUUCCAAUAGCAAUUACUUUCUACAUAACAUGGUGGUUUAUUCACUUUGUGGAUGGCUUUUUCUCUCCUAUCUAUGCUCAACUUGGAAUUGAUAUCUUUGGCCUUGGAUUUGUAACUUCUAUAACAUUCAUCUUCUUGGUGGGGGUGUUCAUGUCGUCAUGGUUGGGUGCAUCUGUCCUUGGGCUUGGUGAAUGGUUUAUCAAACGGAUGCCAUUUGUUCGUCAUAUCUACAAUGCCUCCAAGCAAAUUAGCGCUGCCAUUUCACCAGAUCAAAACACACAAGCCUUUAAGGAAGUAGCCAUAAUCAGGCAUCCACGUAUUGGUGAAUAUGCUUUUGGGUUCAUCACUUCAUCUGUCAUCCUCCAGAACUAUGCUGGAGAGGAGGAGCUAUGCUGUGUCUAUGUUCCGACGAACCAUCUUUACAUUGGUGAUAUAUUUUUGGUCAAUACCAAGGAUGUUAUUAGACCAAAUUUAUCAGUCCGUGAAGGAAUUGAAAUCGUUGUGUCUGGCGGCAUGUCGAUGCCUCAAAUCUUGUCAACACUGGAUUCACGGGUUAUGCCAGUUGAUAGAAUUAGACCCGACAGAAGCUGAGAUUGAAGAGGUUAGAUGUAGUAGAGUUGUUUGUUUAUUACUUUGGUACAAAUUCAGUUGGAGUAAUCACAGAAUGAAUCUGUUGAAAAGGCAGGAUUAGAUUGUCGAUCUGUGGUCAAUGAAGUGUCAGAUUUCGACCGCUUAUGUAACAUUGGUUGCCAUGUGGAAUAUAGAAUUUAGUGUUUGCUUGGAAA